UUGAUUAUGGCAGGUAUACCUCUUGACUUCACUAGCAAAGCUACUGGAAGCUACCCUGGGAUGACUACAGCUCCAUACUCCCAGGUCCCUUCAGCUGGAUUUGGUGUAAAUAGUGUUUUAAGAACCUCUGAUGGAGUAGUUUAUUCUUCUGUAGCUGCUCCAGUCCCAUCCACAUAUGCAAUUACCACUCAGCCAGGCUCCAUCCUUAGUAGUACCUUAACACCUACAUCAACAGUACAGAACCAGACAUUGCCACAUCCGUAUGGUUUCAUUCCUAGUACCGACCCAGGACAGAUAAUUGCUUUUGAUACAGGAAUACCCAAGGAGCUUCUUCCCACUGCUUUGGCUGACAUCAUAACAGGCUACCCAGAUAUGUACUCAGACACAACCCUGGAAGCAAUUGCAGCCUCUCUCGAUGCCCUAGCCUCCUCCCCCAUAUUCCCUGGUUUAGACAACACUAAGAUGGCCCAGUAUCAGAUGGAGAGGGAGUUUCUAGAGCUAGAGAAGCUUAAGCAGCUAUGUCUUGCUGAGGAGCUGGAAUGGGAGAGGCAAGAGAUUCAGCGAUAUCGUGAACAAGAGCAGUUUAUGGUCCAAAGAGAGCUUGAGGAACUACAGGCCCUGAAACAGCAGCUACUCCUUCAGCAAGAGGAAGAGCACCAUGCCCACAUGGUGGCCCAGCAGGAAACCUAUGCCCAGCAGAAAGAGCAAUUACAACAAAUCCAAACACUCCAACUGCAACUCCAGCGCCAGCUAGAUGAACACUAUGGUAGUACUGGAACCGCAGGGAAUCUCCUAGAUGCUAAAUAUGCAGGGGUUGGGGACAGUGGCCAAUACUGGCCUGUCAAAGAUGAGUGUUCAACUCCAUCCUUACGGAGACAGUUGGAGGAAGGUCAGGACCAUCUUAAUUUAGUUAAGAAACUUCAAGCUGAUCAGGACACAGGGAAAAAAAUAAUUGAUAGUGGAGUGCAGACAGAUGAUGAAGACUCAGCAGAGAAGCAGCAUGUUGGAAGAAGAAAGAAAAGUAAGAGAAAUGUUGAUAGCUCAGCCCAAACUGAUGACGAGGAUCAAGAUGAAUGGGAUGCUCCUACAAAAGCCAGGCGACGCUCAAGAAAACAUAGCAGUGAUGGGAAACACGGCUCCAAGGUCUCUAGCAUUGCUAUUCAGACCGUAGCAGAGAUAUCUGUUCAGACAGACCACUCUGGAACUAUCAAACGACCUAAUGUCCAAAUGGACACAAAAGUGGAAAUUGUCAAGCAUAUAUCAGCUCCUGAGAACUCUCAGAGAGGUGGCAGUCUGAGCUGUCAGACAGACUCAGACAGAAGACACACACCAAUUGAAGUGGCCUACAGCACUCAUCUAACAGCUGAUGUUCCCUCAAAGUCCAAAGUCUUCUACAACCAAGUUUCCCCCAUGUCUCCAGAAAGGUCCCUUGGAGGGCAGAGAAUGUUGACUGCUGACCCAACCAGAUUUUCCUCUGGCCCUAGGGUAUUAAAGGCUGGUCAGAAAUCUCUGUCUGAUCCUAAAUCCCUGAGUCCUUCUACAGAAGACAGGAUGGGUGGAUACUAUGCAGACAGUUAUCCUGGCCGAGGCUCUCCCUCUGGUACAGGUAAGAAGGUAAAGCGGACACUACCAGACCCUCCUCCCGAUGAUGACUCUAUGGGACGGUCAGGCUACAGCACCAACUCUGCUCGUCGGCGUCUUGCCCGCAGUACAACAAUAGCCCGGGCAAAAAUCCUGCAGGACAUUGACAAGGAGCUUGAUCUGGUGGAGAGAGAAUCCUACAAACUUCGCAAGAAACAGGCUGAGCUUGAUGAAGAGGAAAAAGAGAUUGAUGCCAAGCUACGAUACCUGGAGAUGGGUAUCAACCGGCGUAAGGAAGCCUUGCUGAAAGAACGAGAGAAGAGAGAGCGGGCCUAUCUUCAGGGGGUGGCAGAGGAACGAGACUACAUGUCAGACAGUGAGGUUAGCAACAUCAGAGAGGCCAGGGCUGAUGGCCUGGAGAGACCAAGGACAGCACCCCAAUCAGAGUUUGACCAAUUUAUCCCCCCUCAAACAGAAGCUGAUUCUCAGUAUAACACACUAACUAGUCCCUACUCUCACUAUGCCCAGUAUGUUCCCCAGACCCAAACCACCAGCCACUACAACCAACAGAAUAUGUACCAGCAACAGUCCCUUUACCACCAACAGGGGUCUCCUUACCCAACUCUUUCACUGACCCAUGCCCAGACGCAGCAAAGCAGUUACCAACAUGCUCUGCUUUUGCAGCAGGGAAAGCAGCGACAAUCCGAUUUAGAGCCCAAGAUGACCACCAAUUACGAAGUGAUGCGCAACCAGCCUCUGCUCAUUGUGCCAACCUCUUCAGAAAGUGGCUAUGGGGUGGCUCACCUUGGAGGAAAGUAUGGAAGCUUGGACUUGAGACUGGGGAUAGAGGAGAGGAGCAUGGCCUCAAGUCCCAUGUCUAGCAUUUCUGCUGAUUCAUUUUAUGCCGAUAUUGACCACCACAAUGCCAGGAACUAUGUACUUAUAGAAGAUAUAGGGGAGCUCACUAAGACCUCAACAGGGCUAAGCAACAGUGGCUUAGGUUCUGGAUUCAGCCUGCCUGAUAAGGAGUUGGCCAAGGCAGACAGGCUCCUAAGGGCAGCAGAAGUCAGGCGCACAGCAGAGGUGGCAGAUUUUUUAGGCUCAUCUCGGCUUCAGGGUUACGGUAAAGGCGAAGAUGACACUAUGGAGGAGCCUUAUGAGCUGAAGCUACUUAAGCAACAAAUUAAACAGGAGUUCAGGCGUGGAACCGAGGGACUAGAACACUUAACAGGCCUUGGCCUGCCCCAGUAUCUCCCCAGUGAUAGUUUUCGGCACUUUCCUAAAGGAGAAAAAUAUAGCAUUGGCAGGCUAACUCUUGAAAAACAGGCUGCAAAGCAACUCCCGGCAGCUGUGCUUUACCAGAAACAGAUGAAGAACAAAAAGGCCACGAUAGACCCAAAGGCCAUUACUAAGUUUUCCCCAAUUCAGGAGAGUAGGGACCUGGAGCCUGACUAUGGCAACUACAUGGGAUCUGGGGCAUCCUCUGUAACAAAUCUAGCAGCUACGGCAAGGUUGCUUCAGGAUGAGAUUACAUUUGGGAUCAGAAAAAACUUGUCUGAGCAGCAGAAAUAUUUGGGCUCCUCUUUGGGGGCCAAUCUAGCAGGUUCUCUUAAUCUUGGGCAGUCCCAUGGGCUGGGAUCUACUAUCAGAGCAACAGCCCAAGAUGAUGGGACCUACCCAAGUGGAUCCCGUUCAAGACCCUCAUCUCGCCCAUCCUCCCGCCCCUCUUCAGUUUAUGGUUUGGAUCUAUCUAUCAAAAGGGACUUAUCUAGCUCUUCACUUCGACUUAAAACAGAAGGGGAGGUCCUGGAUGCAGCAUUUGCACCUGGGGUGGCCAGAGCAAAACCAACAAGUUUACCUAUUAGCCAAAGCCGGGGCCGUAUCCCCAUUGUGGCUCAGAACUCUGAAGAGGAGAGCCCCCUGAGUCCAGUGGGACAGCCUAUGGGCAUGGCUAGAGCCUCUGCUGGACCUCUACCACCGAUCUCAGCUGAUUCCAGGGACCAAUUUGGGUCCAGCCAUUCCCUGCCAGAGGUACAGCAACAUAUGAGGGAGGAAUCUCGGACAAAAGGCUAUGAUCGAGAUAUCGCAUUCAUGAUGGAUGACUUGCAAGGUGCAAUGUCUGACAGUGAAGCACUAAGUGAGUCCAUGCUGGCUUUGAACAGAGAUGAUGCCAGAAUCUUUCAUGAAAGUAUCAGACACGCUGGAGGCCCAAACUGGAAUAUAGAAGCCUACCAUCUAAGGAACGAGGACACUGAUUGGUUUGAUAAGCCAAGAGAAGGACAUCCACAGAGCGGGAGCAUGUCAGACAGGAGACAGAUGAAACUGGUCCCCUAUGCCUUCCCUCACACUCGCUUCAAGCUUAAGAGAGACCUGAAGGACACCAGUGUGUCUGGGAAUGGACUUGGGAUCCGAGUGGUAGGUGGGAAGCUGAUUCCGGGGAGUAGAGGAGAGAUCGGAGCCUACAUCGCCAAGGUCAUCCCUGGUGGAGCGGCAGAACAAACAGGAAAAGUUGUAGAGGGAAUGCAGGUGUUAGAGUGGAACGGAAUCACUCUGACAGGAAAGACUUAUGAAGAAGUGCAGAGCGUCGUGGGCCAGCCAUGUGCAGAGGCGGAGCUCUGUGUGAGACUUGACCUUAACAUGCUGUCUGACCCUGAGCACCCACAAGCCCUGGAGCACCAUGUCCAGCUUAAGGCUGGUGGGCAGCGUUCACCAGGAGUCGAUCCUAAGCAGUUAGCUGCAGAGCUGCAGAAGGUGUCCCAGCAGCAGGGUCCUGGUGUUGGGUCUGGAGGUUUGGGUGUCCUAUCUGCGCUGGAGCGCUCUGCCCUCCUCCACUCAGGCACUGGAUCUGCAGCCUCAAGCGGUGUACCGAGCCCUGGCCAGCCUGCGUCCCCGGCCAUAAACAAGAAACAACGGCAAAAGCCAACUGAUCCGAUUAGGACACAACACCCAAUCACUGGAGAGAUUCAGCUCCAGAUCAACUACGACAGGAACCUCGGAAACCUGAUCGUCCACGUCCUGCAGGCUAGAAACCUGGCCUCGAGAGACAACGACGGCUACUCUGACCCCUUUGUAAAGGUCUACCUCUUACCUGGGAGAGGCCAAGUCAUGGUUGUCCAGAAUGCAAGCGCUGAUAACAAGAGAAGGACCAAGUAUGCUCAGAGGACUCUGAACCCCGAGUGGAACCAGACCGUCAUCUACAAGAACAUCCAUCUGGAGCAGUUAAAGAAAAAGACGCUGGAGGUCACAGUGUGGGACUAUGACAGAUCCUCCUCCAACGACUUCCUCGGAGAAGUGUUGAUUGACUUAUCGAACACCAACCAGCUAGACAACACGCCCCGCUGGUUGCCUCUGAUGGAGCAGAGUGAGAGCAUUGAGCACAGCAGAGCACACCAUGCUGCACAAGGCCCACCGGGCUCUGGAUCUGGUCAGGGUCAGGGAUAUGGCCAAGGCCAGGGCCACUUAUCGGGGCCCGGGAUGGGACACGGCUAUGGCACAGGACAGAGUCAAGGAUCAGGACUCGGAGAUGGGAGUCACGAUUCACCUAAAAACUCUGUGAUCAAGAGUAGAAGCCACGGAAUCUUUCCUGAUCCAGCCAAAGAUAUGCAGAUGCUGCCUUUAGAAAAGUCUCACAGCAGCCCGGGCAGCUCCAAGUCUUCCUCCGACGGCCAACUGCGCUCCCACGGCCCCUCCCGAAGCCAAAGCAAGAGCAGCGUCACUCAGGCCCACCUCGAGGACGCCGGGAUAGCCAUCGCUGCCGCCGAGGCUGCCGUGCAACAAUCCCGCCUGCAACCAAGACCAGGACACAGACUGGCUGAUGUCUCAGGGUCGGUGGUGCUGUCAGCCCCGAGUCUCGUGGGAGACGCCUAUGGAGGCCUGGAGGGGGACGACGGGGAGGGCACCGGAGUGGACAGUGCCAUUUUCCAAGUGCCACGCAUUGGGAAGACCAUUCCUAACGGCACAGAUAAAAACCAACUAGGGCCCACGGAAAAUGAAGGUGGUAAAACACAAAUAAUGGGGGAGAUCAAGGUCGCUCUCAAGAAGGAGGUGAAGACAGAAGGAGACCAAUUGGUUUUGGAGGUCCUUCAAUGCAGGAACAUCACUUACAAGUUCAAGAGUCCAGACCAUCUACCAGACCUGUACGUGAAGUUGUACGUGGUGAAUGUCGCCACUCAAAAGAGGAUCAUCAAGAAGAAGACCAGAGUUUGUCGACAUGACAGAGAGCCUUCUUUCAACGAGACCUUCAGGUUCCCCCUCAACCCAACCGGACACUCCAUUCAGCUUUUCUUGGUGUCAAACGGAGGAAAGUUCGUGAAGAAGACCCUGAUAGGGGAAGCCUACAUCUGGCUCGACAACGUGGACAUGAGGAAGAGAGUGGUCAGCUGGCACAAGCUGUUUGUCAGCUCCACUCAGACCAACCCCUGAGCACCACCA